AUGAAGGCUUCGGCUAUUAUUUGCGCGCUUCUCCCCCUCGCUUUGGCGGUACCCAAUGCGAAACGGGCUUCGGGGUUCGUUUGGUUCGGAACGAGCGAGUCUGGAGCCGAGUUUGGAGAGACCAAGUUCCCUGGCGUGCUGGGGACGGAUUAUAUCUGGCCGAGUGCGUCGACGAUCAAGACUCUGCAUGAUGCCGGGAUGAACGUCUUCCGCGUUGCCUUCCGGAUGGAGAGGCUGAUCCCCAACACGAUGACGGGGACUCCCGAUGCGACGUACAUGAAUGAUCUCAGGACGACUGUCAAUGCGAUUACGAGUCUGGGGGCGUAUGCGGUGAUUGAUCCCCAUAACUAUGGGAGAUACUACGGCAACAUCAUCUCGUCGACUGAUGACUUUGCUGCGUUCUGGAAGACCGUGGCUGCCCAGUUUGCGUCCAAUGAUCAUGUUAUUUUCGACACCAGUAUGUCUUCAUCAAUCUGGAAUGGAAUGGAAGAAGCUGACGAAACAGACAACGAGUACCAUGACAUGGACCAGACCCUCGUUCUCAACCUCAACCAGGCCGCCAUUAAUGCCAUCCGUGCCGCCGGCGCAACCUCACAGUACAUUUUCGUUGAGGGCAACUCGUGGACCGGCGCGUGGACAUGGACCAAUGUCAAUGACAACCUCAAGGCCCUCACUGACCCCCAGAAUAAGAUCGUCUACGAGAUGCACCAGUAUCUUGACUCAGACGGGUCCGGCACCUCGGCCACCUGCGUGAGCUCCACCAUCGGCCAGGAGCGCGUGCAGUCCGCCACGCAGUGGUUGAAGACGAACGGUAAGAAAGGUUUCCUGGGAGAGUUCGCUGGGGGCGCCAACAGCGUGUGCGAGUCCGCUGUCACGGGCAUGCUUGACUACAUGUCUGCCAACUCGGAUGUGUGGAUGGGCGCUUCAUGGUGGGCAGCUGGCCCCUGGUGGGGGAAUUACAUAUUCAGCAUGGAGCCGCCGUCUGGCACUGGCUAUCAGAACUAUCUCUCGUUGUUGAAGCCGUACUUUGCCGGUGGUUCGGGUGGCACCCCUCCAACUACCACCAGGACGACUACCACCACCAAUCCGACAACGACCACUACCACUAGUGGUAAUCCCGGCAGUACCGGAGUCGCACAGCACUAUGGCCAAUGCGGUGGAAUCGGAUGGUCUGGUCCAACCUCUUGCGCCAGCCCAUAUACCUGCCAGAAGCUGAAUGACUACUACUCUCAAUGCCUGUAG